UGGUCGCACGUCCCCGCCCCGCCGGCCUCACUGGCGGCGGCGGAGGCGGCGGCGGCGGCGCCCGGAGCCAGCGCGGAUCCGGCCCCGCCGUGGGACCCGGGUAGGUGUGGACGUGCCCACGGGGCCCACGUGAGCGGAGGAUGGGAACACCCCCCGGCGAUGUCUCUGGGCCGCCUCCUCCGCCGGGCCUCCUCCAGAGCCUCGGACCUCCUGACCCUCGCCCCGGGGGGCGGGCCCCCCUCCGCCCUGGACGGGGAGAUCCUCUACUCCAAGAACAACGUGUGUGUGCACCCGCCCGAGGGGCUGCAGGGGCUGGGGGAGCACCACCCAGGCUACCUGUGCUUGUACAUGGAGAAGGAUGAGCUGCUGGGGGCCACCCUCAUCCUCGCGUGGGUCCCCAACUCCCGGAUCCAGCGGCAGGACGAGGAGGCGCUGCGCUACAUCACCCCCGAGGGCUCCCCCGUGCACUCAGCACCCCGACCGCGGGGCCGGCGCACCCAGAGCUCCGGGGCCCCCAGCCGGGUCUCCCCCACGGAGCCGCGGCCGCCCCUGUCGCCCCGGGACGAGGACACCCUCCGGGGGGACGGGGAGAAGCUGGCCCGGGGCCUGGGGAUGGACGGCGCCCUCCCGGCCUCGCAGCCGGCCCACAGCCCCUCCGGGACCCUGUCCGCCGGCAGCUCACAGGACGGGACGGAGGAGGGGCGGGAGCCGCAGCCCGAGGCGGGCGAGGAGGGCUCCAUGGAGCUGUCGGCCGAGGGUCUGAGCAGGGACAGCUCCUUCGACUCCGACUCGGACGCCUUCUCCUCCCCCUGCUGCCUGUCGCCCGUGAGCGCCGCCCUGGUGGACAGCAGCGGCUCCGUGUUCCUGGAGGGCGAGAGCGGCUCCCCCUCCGGCGUGGACGCUCACCUGCGCUUCCCGGGCAGCGACGGCCUGCAGGCCCCGCGCUGGGACGAGCCCCAGCGGGCGCGGGCGCGGGCGCUGGAGCAGAUCUGCGGCGUGUUCCGCGUGGACCUGGGGCACAUGCGCUCCCUGCGCCUCUUCUUCAGUGACGAGGCCUGCACCAGCGGCCAGCUGGUGGUCGCCAGCCGCGAGAGCCAGUACAAGGUGCUCCACUUCCACCACGGCGGCCUGGACAAGCUGGCCGGCGCGCUGCAGCGGUGGGAGCGCUGCGCGGGCACCCGCCUCCACGGCCAGCAGGUGGCCGACGAGAAGACGUGCAUGAAGUUCUCCAUCCGGCGCCCCAAGCUGCCCUCCUCCGAGACGCACCCCGAGGAGAGCGCCUACCCCCGGCUGGACGUGGCCGCCUGGCUGCGCCACCUGAACGAGCUGGGCCAGCUGGAGGAGGAGUACAAGCUGCGCAAGGCCAUCUUCUUCGGCGGCAUCGACGUGUCCCUCCGCGGGGAGGUGUGGCCCUUCCUGCUGGGCUUCUACCGCCCCGAGUCCACGUCCCAGGAGAGGGAGGCGCUGCGCGCGCGGAAGCGCCAGGAGUACGCGGAGAUCGAGCGGCGGAGGCUCUCCAUGACCCCCGCGGAGCACCGGGAGUUCUGGCGGAAGGUGCAGUUCACGGUGGACAAGGACGUGGUGCGGACCGACCGCAGCAGCCAGUUCUUCCGCGGCGAGGGCAACCCCAACGUGGAGAGCAUGAGGAGGAUCCUGCUGAACUACGCGGUGUACCACCCGGCCAUCGGCUACUCGCAGGGCAUGUCGGACCUGGUGGCGCCCCUGCUGGCCGAGGUGCUGGACGAGUCGGACACCUUCUGGUGCUUCGUGGGCCUCAUGCAGAACACCAUCUUCGUCAGCUCGCCGCGGGACGAGGACAUGGAGCGGCAGCUGCUGUACCUGCGGGAGCUGCUGCGGCUGGCGCACCCGCGCUUCUACCAGCACCUGGCGGCGCUGGGCCAGGACGGCCUGCAGCUGCUCUUCUGCCACCGCUGGCUGCUGCUGUGCUUCAAGCGCGAGUUCCCCGAGGCCGAGGCGCUGCACAUCUGGGAGGCCUGCUGGGCCCACUACCAGACGGAUUACUUCCACCUUUUCAUCUGCGUGGCCAUCGUGGCCAUCUACGGGGAUGACGUCAUUGAGCAGCAGCUGGCCACCGACCAGAUGCUCCUGCACUUCGGAAACCUGGCCAUGCACAUGAACGGGGAGCUGGUCCUGCGCAAGGCCAGGAGUCUGCUGUACCAGUUCCGCCUCCGGCCCCGGAUCCCCUGCAGCCUGCACGACCUGUGCAAGCUGUGCGGCAGCGGCAUGUGGGACAGCGGGUGCAUGCCCGCCGUGGAGUGCACGGGCCACCCCCCGGGCUCGGACGGCUGCCCCUACGGGGGCACCGGCUAGCCGCCCCCGCCCGCCCGCAGGGGGAGCGGGAGGGGCCCGGGAGCCCCCUCCCUCAGGCGGGUCGGAAGGCACGGCUGCGGCCUCGGCUUCUCCAACCACCGUCCUUGGCGGUUGCUGCAGCCGGGCGGUGGGGGCGGGGCGGGGAGAGAAGGCAAGGCUUGUGUUUUGGGGGGGACUGCGGGGAGGGCGAGGGCGGGUGGCCCUACGGCCGCCCCAGGGAACUCAGAGACCCGGCGCCUGGGCCCCCAAGGGCCCCUCUGGGCCCCACCCUGGAGCCCCACCCCCAGGACCUAGGUGUUGCUCCGCGGCAGCCACGGGGCUGCCCGGGCCGGCGCGCCGUGGGGCAGCUCCGAGGGCGCUGGCACGGCGGAGCCGCCGGACGUCACGGAGCCGGAGCCGAGCUUAACCUGUUGGGGGCCGGAGGGAAGUUGGCGAGACCUCCAGCCCCCACCCUGGGCCCGGGGAGCGCAGGCUGGGGGGCGGGCCGGGCUCUGGCUGACAGCGGGCGCUCUUCCUGCUGCGCUCUGGCUCCUCGGCGGGUGAGCCUGGCCCGGAGGGUGCGGGCGCGGGCGCUGCCCGGCGGCGGAGGGGUGGUGGAGGGCGCGGGCUCAUCCCCGCGCACACAGAGGCUGUCACUCCGCCGCCGCGGCUGCUGCAGCUGGAUUCCCCACCGGCUGUGGGUCUCCGUUUUGG